GCCCAUAUAAUUAUCAGAUUAGCGUAGGUGUUACAGUUAAUGACUUUCUUGCGAAAAAAGGACACCCCCGAUUAGAGCCCAACAUCUUAGGCCCAUAGGAGUCCGUAAACUGCAGCCAACCAACCGCCAUCCAUAGACCAUGACCGAAACCCCACCAAACUAACCAACCAAUUGUCAGCCAAAUCCAACGGCCACCACACCGUCUUCCUGCCUCCUUCCCCCGCCUUUCCUUUCCUUCCUCCGUCCCCGAUUCACUUCUUCUAUCACAAAUCCACAUCAGCCGGCACGGCGAGAAUACCACAUCUCCGACAGCCAUGAAACCACGUUUCCAAACCCUAUCGAGGGCUCUUCGCUCCUUCUCCACUACGAUCGAGCCCACGAAGCCCCAAUUCGAGCAGACCCUGGCCAGCCUGCGAGCCCGAUUGGCUGCUGAAUCCCCCAUAAUCUCCGACUUCGUCGACCUCCAGUCCAACGACUCCUACUCCGUCGAGGUCGGAACCAAGAAGAAGCCGCUUCCCAAACCGAAGUGGAUGAAAGAAGCGAUUCCCGGUGGGGAGAAGUAUGUUCAGAUCAAGAAGAAGCUGAGGGAAUUGAAGCUCCACACUGUCUGCGAGGAGGCGAAAUGCCCUAAUUUGGGGGAGUGCUGGUCCGGCGGCGAAACAGGGACUGCUACGGCGACGAUUAUGAUUCUGGGAGAUACUUGCACGCGUGGGUGUAGCUUCCUUUUGGCUGUUUCAAAAAGGUUUUGUAAUGUGAAGACGUCGAGAACUCCUCCGCCGCCUGACCCCAACGAGCCAGGAAAUGUGGCUGAGGCGAUUGCGUCGUGGGGACUGGAUUAUGUGGUGAUUACCAGUGUCGAUCGUGAUGAUUUGGAUGAUCAGGGCAGCGGCCAUUUUGCUGAAACCGUGCAAAAGUUGAAGGCUUUGAAGCCUAACAUGCUUAUAGAAGCCUUGGUUCCUGAUUUCCGAGGGGAUUCUGGUUGUGUUCAGAAGGUUGCAACAUCAGGAUUGGACGUCUUUGCUCACAACAUUGAGACAGUUGAAGAGCUCCAAAGUGUUGUAAGGGACCACCGUGCUAAUUUCAAGCAAUCUUUAGAUGUUCUAAUGAGGGCCAAAGAGUACGCCCCUGCUGGAACGCUAACCAAGACAUCGGUAAUGUUGGGAUGCGGUGAAACACCCGAACAAGUUGUGAAAACUAUGGAGAAAGUGAGAGCUGCAGGUGUUGAUGUGAUGACUUUUGGUCAAUAUAUGAGACCAUCCAAGCGCCAUAUGCCGGUAUCUGAAUACAUUACCCCUGAGGCCUUUGAGAAGUACAGAGUUCUAGGCAUGGACAUGGGAUUUCGGUACGUGGCAUCUGGUCCAAUGGUUAGAUCAUCAUACAAGGCGGGCGAGUUCUACAUCAAAUCGAUGAUUGAGUCGGAUCGCACAGCUGCAUCUGUAUCUUAAGAUGAAAAUUUCUUGCAUUUGUCCUUUUGUUCCACAUUGGAAACAGCCCCUGUCACUUUCAUUGGAAGUAAAGAUCCAUGCAGCGGGAGAUUACAUUAAUGGCACGUACAACAAAACCUGGGUGAGCUGUUCUUGGGAUUUGGAUUAACUUGAUGUUAAGCGUCACUUUUGUUUACUCGGUCAUCCUUCCUGGCUGUAAAUUUCAAUAAUUGUUUGAGCAAGGCCAUGAAUCGUAGUGUUUAUAAUUGCUGCACCCUUGUCGAGAAUUAGAGGCAACACAUGAAGUGAAAUAACCGGCUUUGCACAUCUCGAUUCGAACGUGUUCUUUGUUCUCUAAGAAAUGAGUCAUUGUCGUUUAACUGAUUUUCGGCUAACAUUUGUAUCAGUGUAAUAUAAAAACACUGUUCAUCCUUUUACUUACAGGUCAGGGUAGUUUUGUGAGAUCGGAUGAUACAUAUGGUGUAUGGUUCAAACCAGACUAAAUAGUAAUACUCUAUAGUUCAGAC